UAAAGCUAGUGACGGCGCGACACCAAUACCUAUACAACCCCAGCGCAACACAUAUCAUUUUUCAUCAUUUAGCAUCACAACUCAAUCUAUAAACUCAUUUCAAGAUGUCUACUUCCAAAGCCACAGAAAUACCCGAGAAAACCCCCGAUCUUCCCCCAUCAUUCCAAGAGACCAUGGCCUCAUCACCACCCGUCUUCAAAACCCAAUUCGCUUGCAUGACCUUCAACAUGUUUGACCGCAUUCGUCUCAUCAACUUCACAGAAGCAGAAGUAUCAGGCAUCAAAGAAGUCGUCGCAGCGCGGUGGUCACCUGGUCUCGCACAUGUGCAACCAUAUGGGGAGUCAAUGGAAUUCAGGCUUCGUGGAAGGCCUUGGUUGCAUAGAUCUGGUGGGAACGAUGAUUCGAGGAGAUUAAUGCUGAGAAUUCUGGAGAAAUUGUUUGAUAUGGGGUGGGUGUUGCAAGGAUCUAUGGAGAUCACGCUCAAGUCUGAGAGUAAAGAUUCCCUCAUCUUUCGAAAACAAGAUCCCAUCCCACCGCCCUGCGACUGGAUCUGCAUAUCCUUCGACAACAGUGAUAAACUGAAAAUCGUAGACUCACCACCCAAAGACCUCACAGACGCAAUCCUCCAAACAUUUGGUCGUGACAUAAGACGUAGUGAAAUCACAUCUGACCGCGUCAAGGUGCAUCUUGCAAACAUGCCGUGGAAUCCUUCGGGGACAGACACUGUCACGACAAGGAUUAUACUGCUGAAGUUGAUUGAGACGUUGGAGAGAUGUGGGUUCACGAUUUAUGCUACGAUUGGGUCGAAGGGGGAGGAUGAGGAGGGGGCGCAGGACUUGUUGGUUUGUCAGAGGGUGAAGGGUUGGGUUCCUGGGGCGCCUAUAUGGCAUCGCUAGAAAUAUGUCAUAUAUGAAGCCAAGACGAUGAGAGUGAUAUCCAUGGAUGUCAUUAUCUCAUGUCUUAACACAAAAGAGAGCCAGAAUAUUCAAGAGAGGAAAGAGGUGAGAUGAAGCACAGGGCUUAUGAAACGAAAACCAGAUGAUCAUUUCCACGGAGAAUAAAGAUAUUCGAAAUAUUUGUAGAUAGUGCACAACUUUCAAGACUCUAUGCGAUUUGGUGAUCCUGAACACGACGAGGCUUUGGUGGGGUAGACCUGGAAGGCAGUGGCGGCCUUCCCCAGAUGUAACGCCCCUGAUUCAGUACCUCCCAAAGCGCCGCAUUCUUUUCAGUUGGGUUAGGGUUAGUUUUCUUCAGAAUCCCAUAUCAAGAUUCUUUCCAAGACCAGUUCCAGCAUCAGCAUCAGCAUCUUCCGUCCCACGCCG